GGACAGGCUGCUGCAGCACACACAGAGGGAGCACUGACGGGACUCUGAGUUUAGAAUAAUUCAUCAGAUUUAAUUUAUUAGUAAUAAUAAUAAUAAACAUGAUGAAUGGGACGGACUUUGACCUCCCGCUGUCCGAGUACAGCUUCGAGCGGCGGUUUGACCAGAGAGGAGCGAUACAGUGGAUGCAGGCCAACUGGACUAAGUCUUUCGUGUUCAGCGCUCUGUACGCCGCCCUGGUGUUCGGAGGUCAGCACUACAUGAAGCCUCGACCCAAAAUGAACCUGCGGCGGCCGCUCGUCCUCUGGUCGCUCAGCCUCGCUCUCUUCAGGUAA